GGCACAAAGUGUUGUCAAGCAUGAUCAGCAUAUCCUGAAUGGUGCUACACCUCAUGCCAGUUUCGAAUUGCUUGAUAAUGCUGAAAAUACAAGCAAAACCAUCCAGAUAACUGGCCUUACUGCGCAAAGCACUGAAGACUCCAUUCGCAACUACUUUGAAAAUGAGAGACGUUCUGGGGGUGGAGAGGUAGAAGCUGUGACUUUUCUGCCGGAAGAAAAUGUGGCUCUUGUGACUUUCAAAGAUGUUGAGGUUGCAAAGAAGGUCUUAGGUAGAACACACACUUUAAGUGGAACAACAGUGGAAGUCUCACGCCAUUCAAUCACUGACAAGUUCCAGGCUAAGGACGGAUCAGGAGAUCAGUCCCGUGUUGUCAUCGUUCAAGGACUACCUCAAAAUGCAACGGAAGACACUGUUUUAAAUUACUUUGAGAACUCGAGGCGGUCGGGAGGUGGCGUUGUUGAAGAAGUGAAAAUCAAAGGCAAUGAAGCACGAGUUCUGUUUGAGUCAUCUGAAGUGGCUCAAAGUGUGAUAAAGCAUGAUCAGCAUAUCCUGAAUGGUGCUACACUUCAUGUCAGUCUCGAGUUGCUCGAUAUUGCUGAAAAUACAAGCAAAACUAUCCAGAUAACUGGCCUUACUGCGCAAAGUACUAAAGACUCCAUUCGCAACUACUUUGAAAAUGAGAGACGUUCUGGGGGUGGAGAGGUAGAAGCUGUGACUUUUCGUCCGGAAGAAAAUAUGGCUCUCGUGACUUUCAAAGAUGUUGAGGUUGCAAAGAAGGUCAUAGGUAGAACACACACUUUAAAUGGAACAACAGUGGAAAUCUCACGCCAUUCAAUCACUGACGAGUUCCAGGCUAAGGACGGAUCAGGAGAUCAGUCCCGUGUUGUCUUCGUUCAAGGACUACCUCAAAAUGCAACGGAAGACACUGUUUUAAAUUACUUUGAGAACUCGAGGCGGUCGGGAGGUGGCGUUAUUGAAGAAGUGAAAAUCAAAGGCAAUGUAGCACGAGUUCUGUUUGAGUCAUCUGAAGUGGCUCAAAGUGUGAUAAAGCAUGAUCAGCAUAUCCUGAAUGGUGCCACACUUCAUGUCAGUCUGGAGUUGCUCGAUAAUGCUGAAAAUACAAGCAAAACCAUCCAGAUAACUGGCCUUACUGCGCAAAGCACUGAAGACUCCAUUCGCAACUACUUUGAAAAUGAGAGACGUUCUGGGGGUGGAGAGGUAGAAGCUGUGACUUUCCGGCCGGAAGAAAAUAUGGCUCUCGUGACUUUCAAAGAUGUUGAGGUUGCAAAGAAGGUCUUAGGUAGAACACACACUUUAAGUGGAACAACAGUGGAAGUCUCACGCCAUUCAAUCACUGACGAGUUCCAGGCUAAGGACGGAUCAGGAGAUCAGUCCCGUGUUGUCUUCGUUCAAGGACUACCUCAAAAUGCAACGGAAGACACUGUUUUAAAUUACUUUGAGAACUCGAGGCGGUCGGGAGGUGGCGUUGUUGAAGAAGUGAAACUCAAAGGCAAUGUAGCACGAGUUCUGUUUGAGUCAUCUGAAGUGGCUCAAAGUGUUGUAAAGCAUGGUCAGCAUAUCCUGAAUGGUGCUACACUUCAUGUCAGUCUCGAGUUGCUCGAUAAUGCUGAAAAUACAAGCAAAACCAUCCAGAUAACUGGCCUUACUGCGCAAAGCACUGAAGACUCCAUUCGCAACUACUUUGAAAAUGAGAGACGUUCUGGGGGUGGAGAGGUAGAAGCUGUGACUUUUCGUCCGGAAGAAAAUAUGGCUCUCGUGACUUUCAAAGAUGUUGAGGUUGCAAAGAAGGUCUUAAAUAGAACACACACUUUAAAUGGAAAAACAGUGGAAGUCUCACGCCAUUCAAUAACUGAUGAGUUCCACACUAAGGACGGAUCAGGAGAUCAGACCCGUGUUGUCAUCGUUCAAGGACUACCUCAAAAUGCAACGGAAGACACUGUUUUGAAUUACUUUGAGAACUCGAGGCGGUCGGGAGGUGGCGUUGUUGAAGAAGUGAAAAUCAAAGGCAAUGAAGCACGAGUUCUGUUUGAGUCAUCUGAAGUGGCUCAAAGUGUUGUAAAGCAUGAUCAGCAUAUCCUGAAUGGUGCUACACUUCAUGUAAGUCUCGAGUUGCUCGAUAAUGCUGAAAAUACAAGCAAAACUAUCCAGAUAACUGGCCUUACUGCGCAAAGCACUGAAGACUCCAUUCGCAACUACUUUGAAAAUGAGAGACGUUCUGGGGGUGGAGAGGUAGAAGCUGUGACUUUUCGGCCGGAAGAAAAUAUGGCUCUCGUGACUUUCAAAGAUAUUGGUGUUGCAGAGAAGGUCUUAGGUAGAACACACACUUUGAAUGGAACAACAGUGGAAGUCUCACACCAUUCAAUCACUGACGAAUUCCACGCUAAGGACGGAUCAAGAGAUCAGACUCGUGUUGUCUUCGUUCAAGGACUACCUCAAAAUGCAACGGAAGACACUGUUUUGAAUUACUUUGAGAACUCAAGGCGGUCGGGAGGCGGCGCUGUUGAAGAAGUAAAAAUCAAAGGCAACGUAGCACGAGUGCGCUUUGAGUCAUCUGAAGUUGCAAAGAAGGUCAUAGGUAAAACACACACUUUAAAUGGAAAAAAAGUGGAAGUUUCAUACCAUUCAAUCACUGACGAGUUCCAGGCUAAGGACGGAUCAGAAAACCAGACCCGUGUUGUCUUCGUUCAAGGACUACCUCAAAAUGCAACGGAAGACACUGUUUUAAAUUACUUUGAGAACUCGAGGCGGUCGGGAGGUGGCGCUGUAGAAGAAGUGAAAAUCAAAGGCAAUGUAGCACGAGUACAGUUCGAGUCAUCGGAAGUUGCACAAAGAGUUGUCGAGCACGAUCAGCAUAUCCUGAAUGGUGCCACACUUCAUGUCAGUCUCGAGUUGCUCGAUAAUGCUGAAAAUACAAGCAAAACCAUCCAGAUAACUGGCCUUACUGCGCAAAGUACUGAAGACUCCAUUCGCAACUACUUUGAAAAUGAGAGACGUUCUGGGGGUGGAGAGGUAGAAGCUGUGACUUUUCGGCCGGAAGAAAAUGUGGCAUUCGUGACUUUCAAAGAUUUUGAAGCUGCGAAAGGUGUGUUACUUCGCGACAAGCACAUCCUUGAGGGAGCCAUACUGCUUGUGAAACCCACCAACACAGCAGCUGACACGCUCGACACAGCAGGAAUACAGGAAUCACGAACAAUAAAGGUUACGGGACUUGCUGCGAAAACAACUAAAGAUGCAAUUUUGAAAUUCUUCGAAGACCAAACGCGCUCUGGGGGAGGAGAGAUAGAAGACGUUGUUCAUACUCCCGACCGGGGAAUCGCUAUCAUUACUUUUACAUCGGCCGAAACAACGAAAAGUAUCCUGAGACAAGGUAAGCAUAUCCUUGACGGAGCCACACUGAAUGUCAUGAUCACAGCGCGUAGCCCUGAAGUUGAGCCACAUAACGAUGGAGUAUCUCAAGAAUCUCGCACCAUUGAGGUCACUGGAAUUAGUGCGAAAACAACUAAAGAGGCUAUUUUAAACUUCUUCGAGAACAAAAAGCGUUCCGGAGGAGGUGAAGUAGAAAGUGUCGAUCAUGAUUCAGACCAGGGGACAGCUGUUAUUACCUUUACCACGGCCGAAAGUGCUCGUGGAGUCUUAAGUAAAAGAAGUCUAACCUAUGAUGGAGCGAAUCUAACAAUUACUCUCAAACAACCUCCACGGGAACUGCCUAUUGACUCUAAAAGACUUUUAGUGAAAGGCCUCAGUGACAAAACCACCCAGGAUCUUUUUCAGUUUUACAUGGAAGCAGUGAGUGGAGUGGUUGUCCUGAAAGUCGAGUUUGGAGGUGAAGCAUGUGCAGUGGUCACCUUCAAUGAGGCCUAUGAUUUUCACACUGUUACAAAGAAGAUCUCUGUGAGGCCUCUAGAGGGAAAAACCCUGAUAGCAGAACAACUUCCAGUUUGUCACUGCGUACAAGUAUCAGGUUUUAACAAGGAAACAACUACUGAGGAUACUAUACGUUAUUACUUCGAGAGUCCAAAGAACAAUGGUGGUGACGUAAGCAGUGUGGAGCUCAAUCUAGAGGAAGGAUGGGCGUUGGUUUUCUUCGAAGACCCAAAAGUUGUUUCCAAUGUUGUGACGGGGAGUCACUUCCUUGGCGGUGCAAAGCUGGAUGUCAGUUCUCAUUGCUCAUUGCUUGGGAAACCUCAACCAGUUGAAAAUGAUGUUGAAUUGAUGCAAAAUAUCAAUGUGGAUGGAAAGAAAAUGCAGUUCAUUUUGGAACACUACAAAGCUGAUUUGACAGAGGUUGAGAACAGCCACGAUGUUCAGAUAACCUGGGAUGAGGGCAUCAACAGCGUCACGGUCACGCCCAAAGAUGAGGCCUUAAGAAACAAGUACAUUUUCGAUGAGGCAUGUAAGGCUAUUACUUAUUUCCUUGCUGAGUUUGUUGAAAGCUCCACGCGUGUCCCUCCUGAGGCUUGGGAUGGUGUAGUCGACAACUUCAAGAAAAGUAAAAGCCCAGCACAGCAAAAAGUAAGAAUGGAUUGUAUCGCUGAGCAGCACGUUUUCUUUUUCAUCGGGAAGAAGCAAGAAGUUGAGGAAGUUACCAAAGAAUUGGAAGGAAUAAUAGUUGUAAUUGAUAAAAAGCUUAAGAGAGAGGCAUCGAAAAUAGAGUGUACAGUCAAAAUUUCAUAUACGCGCUUGCAAUUCUUGAAACAUCUCGAAUUUGCUCAGGAACUGGAAAGUCGACAUGAAGAAGUCGAAGUCACCAUUCUCCUUGAAAAGGAAAAGCUUCAAAUUCGAGGUCCUCCUGAAACCGUCGAUAAGGUGCGAGCAGCCAUUUGGGAGGCAGUUGCCAAAAUGAAAGACGUGAAGCUGAACAUGUCACUGAAUGCUCUUGCCUUGCUGAAGAGUACGCCCUGUCAAGUAUUCAUGAGAGAUACGCUCACGGCCAGCAAUUUACAAGCCAUGAUAGCCUUUGAUGAAAGAAACGAAAAUGUAUUAGUGGUGGGGACGGAAAGUGAUGUCGCAGAGAAAGCUCACGAUCUAGUGAAAACCAAGAUAGUUGAAGAAUGCGUCGACCUGGAUGAAGAUCAAGUUCAGUUGGAGAAAAGCAGAAAGUGGCAUCAGCUGAAAGAAGAGAUAACAGAAAAACGCAUUUUAACUCUAUCAUUUGAUAGAGGCAAUAAGAAGAUAUGUCUCGUGGGCCUAAAAGAGGAUGUUCCGGUUGCUGUCGAGGCUGUUAAGCGUUUCCUCGCAGAAAAUACCAUUGUCAGUACCGUAGUGACGCUUCCAAAAGGUCGUCGCCGAUUUCUUGUAAAGUACCGCGAACCGGAACUGCGGCAAAUACAAGAAGAUUUGAAAGAACAUUCCACGCGAAUAAAGAGUUUGGCAGAUGAAGGUAAACAAGAUCUGGUCGUCUCAGGUACGACCUGCGGAGUUGACAAAGCUAAGGAGCUGAUUCAAGAUCUCGCAUCUAAAGUUCAAAGUCAAAAGAUGCCUGUCAGCAAACCUGGGAUGCGUAAAAUGCUUGAUGGAAGCAAAGGAAAAAAAUUACUGGGUAUGUUGGAGAAUGAAAAUAAUUGUGUAGUCGAGUACUUUCUACCAAACAAAGGGGACGAAAAGGAAGUGAAAGAAGAAAAGAAAGCAGAAAAGAAGAAGGAGAGUUUGUACGACCUUCUUACUCCGGACGGAAGGAAGAUUCUGGUGUUUAAAGACAACAUCUGCGAUCGCAACGUGGAUGUUAUUGUUAGUGCUGCUAAUUCAAAGCUUCAGCACGUAGGUGGUGUCUCAAAAGCCAUAUCUGAGAGAGCGGGAGAAGCCUUCAAGGCGGAAUGUAAUCGGUUUGUCACUGAUGCAGGACCAAUUUUAGACGGCCAGGUGGCUGUCACGUCUGCAGGAAAUCUACCUUUCAAAAAAGUAAUUCAUGCUGUGGGGCCAAAAUGGGAGAAAAAAGCAGCCCAAGAAAAAUCAAUGGGGAGAACUCCUAGAGAGGAAAAGAUUUUAAGCUACGCAGUAACGAGUGCCCUAGACGCUGCGAAGGACUAUAAUUCGGUAGCCAUUCCUGCCAUUAGUAGCGGAAUCUUUGAAUUUCCACUUGAACUGUGCGCCGAAAUCAUGGUAGAAUCAAUGCUGACUUUUUUCCGAAAAAACCCGAGUUGUCUCCUGUCCGAGAUUCAGUUUACUAGUAUCGAAGAUGAUGUCGUAAAGGCCUUUGCAAAAGAGUUGGAUUCCAGAUGUCUUAACGAACCUACUUAUCAAUCAUCUUCAGACUCAAAAAGGAAGGGAAAAGAAAGAAAGAAAAAAGGCAAAACCACAUCAGUUCCAAAUACAUCCUCGGCAACAGUUUCUUCCAAUACUGCUCCGAAUGUUAUCAAGACAGCCGAAGGCUUACAGCUGGUUCUUGUCAUUGGCGAUAUGUCUUCUGAAGAGGUUGAUGUUAUCGUCAACACAACGUCAUCGAACCUGAAUCUGAGUGGGAACGCAAGUUCUAAGGCCCUGAGUGCCGCUGCAGGCCCCAAGCUGCAAGAAGAGUGUAAAAAGAUUGGCCAGGUAAAGACCGGAGAGAUUGUGGUUACAAACGGAGCAAAUCUAGCGUGUAAGCACGUUUUCCACACCUCAUGUCCUGGAUGGGAGAAAGGACAGGGCGAAAAGGUACUGCGGGGUAUCAUACAGAAAUGUCUCGAAGAAGCACAAAAAAAGAGUCUCUCGACCAUUUCCAUCCCCGCAAUUGGGACUGGGAACCUCAACUUUCCCCGUGAUUGCGUGGCUGAAGCUUCCUUUGAUGAAGUUUUAUCCUUCAGUAAGAAAAAUCCAAGCAGCCCUUUGAAGGAAGUCCAUUUGGUUGUUUAUGAUAAGGAUUUGCAAUCAGUGCAAGCCUUCCAAACCGAACUGCAAAAAAGAAGUGUGGGUCCACCUCCACUGCAACCACCAGCAGCAACAGCAGCUCCGAAAGAUGGAAAGAAGAAACGUCGGGGACUGCGCGGUGGUAGCGACAAAAGAUCAGAAAAAGAUACCCCUGAUGGUGUAGAUGUUAUCUCGGACGAAGAGCCUAUAUUAUUAGAUCCCUUGCAACCUGAAAUAACGAUUGGCAAUAUAUUCGUUCAAGCUGAGACUGGUAACAUCACGAAAGAAGUAACUCAUGCAAUCGCGACCUUGUCGAACAACGAGCUCGAUGUCGCACUGGGAGGUGGUGUGGGAAAGGCUAUCCUAGCUGCUGGAGGAUCGACUAUUCAAGCAGAAUGCUCAGCUAUGGGGCCCCAGAAGCCAGACACCGUGGUGGCUUCUAGAGCCGGAAAUCUACAAGUAAGAAAAAUUUACCACAUGGUUCCAGAUCGGAUUUCGAGCAUGCGUUCCAUAAGUAACUGCAUUUUGGAGUGUUUGCGAAAGGCAGACUCGGAUGGAUUGACCUCGAUUUCAUUCCCAGCUGUUGGAACAGGGAACAUUAACAAAGAUGCCAAAGAGGCUGCAGAGGGGAUGAUGGCUGCUAUUUUCAAGUUUGCUCGCGAGGAACCUGUAUCCAUUGCUCUUGUUCGUAUUGUGAUCUAUCAGCCCCAAAUGUUAAGUGUGUUCCAGACUGCAAUGGAAGCGAGCUUGUCCUCAGCAAAAAGUGGAACAGGUUUGCUCUCAAAGCUUGCUGGAUGGAUUGGAUUAGGACAAAGUGGCUCAGCGUCUUCACAUUCUAUGCCAUCAAUGCGCACGUUUCGCGGAAAAGCAAAGCCUUUCAGCUACAUAGAAAUUUUUGCAAGCACCAAGCAAGACAUUGACACAGUCAUCAAGACAAUAGAAAAGGAUGCGGCUGAUCACUGCACACUGAAAGUAAUUGAGCGUGAAGCAAUAUGUAAUCUUUCAAAGGGGCAAAUACAACAAGUAAAGAAAUUGGAAGCUAAAUACGACGUCAUUGUUAACAUCGAGCAGACCAUAGGUCGCAUAUCUGUAAGAGGUGAUACAGAAGACGUUCUCGAUGUAGCCACCACAAUUUACGAAGUACUUAACAAGAAGAUCGAGGAAGAGCAUGCAAGAGGUGUUGGUGAGCUCCUUUCUAAAAACGUACAAUGGUUCUUCUAUGACAGCGAUGAUGAUGAUGAAACCCCAGAGCCUUAUGAGCCCAGCAUUAAUUUGCAGAUUGAAGAAGCCUUUGGUGAGGGCAAAGACUCUGUUAUUGUAUUAAUAGAUGAAGAAAAAUGCGAGAUUGUUUUCAAGGACAUGAAGGAAACCUGCCUUGACAGUGGAGAAGUGAGAGUCGUUGUUCGGAAAGAGAUUGGGAAAGGUGUUCCAUUACCCUUAGAGUGGGAUGUGCACCCAAAGGAUGGCUCUGGAAAAGAGAAAGAGGUACACCUGGUGCUAUUAGACCCUAAGACGAACGAGUACAAAAAGGUAGCAGACCAAUUGUGCAAGACCUCCCCCGUUACCAUUGUCAAGAUAGAAAGGGUACAAAAUCCCGGCCUGUACCGCACAUAUGUCGUCAGAAGGGAACAGAUGGAACUUAAGAAUGGCAGCAAUGAAAAACUACUCUUCCAUGGAACAGCGGGAAGCAGCUGCCCCUCCAUCAACAAAUUCGGUUUCAACAGAAGCUACUGUGGCAAAAAUGCCACUGCUUUUGGAAAUGGUGUUUACUUUGCUCGAGAUGCGUCCUAUUCAGCAAGCACAACCUAUUCACCACCUGAUGCGACAGGAAACCGUUACAUGUAUCUUGCAAGUGUCCUUGCUGGUGAAUACACAACCGGACGAAAGGGAAUGAUAACUCCGCCUCCCAAGGGAAGUGACGCCACAGAUGUUUAUGACACUGUUGUGAAUGACCCCGCAAAUCCAGGCAUAUUCGUUGUGUUCUACGAUAACCAGUGUUACCCAGAUUAUCUUAUUACUUUUAAAUGAGAAAGAAAAAGUCGUCAGGAAACGUUGAAUAACCUGUAUCGUUCCUUUUCUUUGGGGGUAAAGAGUGUAACUUUUUCUUUACUGUAAGAUUGCUUCCAUGGGAGAACCAGGCAGAAGGUUUAUCGAGCUCAAAUCACCGAUGUAGUUCAAACUUAGCAAAAAUAGUGGAUAUUACAAACUAACAGCAAUGUAAGGUGCUGACCAAUAGUGUUAUGGUAUUAGGAAGGAUGCAAAUACGUGUGGGACGACAAAAGGUUUUAGUCUUGUUGAGUACUCUUGGUACUCUAACCCUAACUAACGCUGAACUUAGUACCCAUUCCAUUGAUGGCGAGCCUAUUUUUCUUUCUUUAAAAUGCUUGCUAGUCUGACCUUUUAGUUCAUGGCCAAUAGUUAAUUUGUUAUGAGGCACUUUCACAUGCAGUUGUCAGUGAACACUCGUGCUAAGUACAAAAGUUAUGUACGUAAAAUAA